AUGUAUCGAUUCAUCGCAUACGUAUUACUGAUAUCUUUGAUUUCUCAAGAUAUUAAUUGUGAAACAACGCCGUUUAAUGCAACAACCUAUGCUCUCACACAUCACUGUGUUUGGUUAUCAUGCAAUGUCACCGGCUAUCCAUCUACAUAUGGCGGAUAUUCAGUGCAGUGUUGUGCUUUACAAGUACCAUUAAACUAUGCGAACCCUAACCAAACAAUCACUAUUUCCAUGACUCGUCUUAGUCCACAACAAGCAACUAACGAGACAAAUACUCUUUUCAUGCUUAGUGGCGGACCAGGUGGAUCAGGUUGGAAUUUGUUCUAUAAUGCUCUGGGCAGCAUUCCAUCCAGUCUUGGUAUGACAAUCAUAUUACCUGAUCAUCGUGGUACUGGACUAUCAACUGCACUUACCUGUGACGAUAAUGGAUCACAAACGGUAGAUUCUGCAUGUAUCACCUAUUUAUUAUCGAAAUGGGGACGCGAAGGAAUUAAUCAAUUUUCUGUCACCUCAGCUGCUCAUGAUUUAUCAGUACAAAUUCAAUCUUAUCAAAUUGAUAAUCCAGGUCGAGUCACUAUUUUUGCAGUGUCAUACGGCACAUUAUGGUUGGAUCGUUUUCUACAAAUCUAUCCUACAGUAGUUCAAGCUUCUGUAAUGGACGGAGUAUUCAAUCCUAUCACAAGUUCCAAUAGUCGUGCUGAUCUUUUGACAUCGGGUGUUACCUGGCAAUUUCUCGACUACUGUCAACGACAGCCUGAAUGUAGUAAAAACUUUUUACCCGAUCUACCAGCACCUAUGAUGCUUCACAACAUACUAAAACAAUUGAAAUCAAACAAACAAAAAUGUAUCAAGAAAUAUUUCAGUCAAUAUAAACUAACUCCAAAUAAACUUCGUAAUGUUUUUCUUGAUUUGGUCAAUGAUGGAACACGUUACAUGGAUCGUACCAUCGUUCCUGCUGUUAUUUAUCGAUUAAAUCGUUGCAAUUUAGAUGAUGUUACUGUUUUGAAAUACUUUUUCAACCAUACUGCAACAACAGCUGCUAGCGAAUAUCCUAUUCUUCUUUUUUCAAGAGCGUUAGCCUAUAACAUCGGUCAAUCCGAAAUGUGGUUAGCAGUGAACGAGACUGAAAUCGAUGAACAAACAUUCAAUGAUUGGCAUGCUUCUACCAUAAUGUCUCUCAACUAUGCUCCGAAUUAUUUUACAUUGCGUUCACGAUGGCCCAAGUAUCCAUUGGAUAAAUAUUAUGGAAAAUUUGCUGAGGAAGCACCUGUAUUAAUGCUCUCUGGUCAACUUGAUCCAGCAACAGUUUUUGAACAAGCAUCGCAUCUUGCAUCAAUCACAUCGAAAACAAGAAAAUUCUACGCAAUACCACUUGCUGGACAUGUCACAGUUAAUAUUGGUGUAGUUGGAUUUUCGUGUCCAAUGAACUUAGUUCUGGCUUGGUCGUUUCCGACAUUGUUUCCUGUAGUAUUCAGUGAUCCACGAUGUAUUCAAGAUCUACCUACAACAAUUGAUUUUGUUGGAGCAACAGAAAUCGGACGCCAAUAUUCGUUAAAGCUCCUCAAUAUUAGUCUCCCAUUUGGAAAUCAGACUUCUGGUGCAUCUCAAUAUUUUCCUCGAACAAAGGCGUUUCGUAUUUUUCAAAUUUUACAAGUUCUUCUAUGCUUUACAGUAUCUAUUUGGUUUAAAAAACCAUAA